AGGAGGCUCUUCUGAGACUGCUGCCAGUGGUCAAAGCUUCCAGCAAAGCUCUACUGAGUGGCUGUAACCUCUCAGAGAGAAGCUGUGAAGCUCUGUGCUCACUUCUCAGAUCCUCAUCCUUUAGUCUGAGAGAGCUCGACCUGAGUAACAACAACCUGGGGGAUUCAGGAGUGAAGCUUUUGUCUGUUGGUUUCAGGAGUGUUUACUGUAAACUGGAAACUAUCAGUCUUUCAGGCUGUCUGAUCACAGAGGAAGGCUGUGCUUCUAUAGCUUCAGCUCUGAGCUCCAACCUCUCAAAUCUGAAACUGCUGGACCUGAGCUACAAUCAUCCUGGAGACUCUGGAAUGAAGCUGCUAAAGGAUCUAAACUUGAGAGAGGACACUCUCAGGGUGGAGCCUGCUGGAGUCCGAUGGUUGACACCAGGUCUGAGGAAGUAUUCCUGUCAACUCACAAUCGACACAAACACAGUACACACAAACCUCAAACUGUCUGACGGCAACAGGAAAGUGACACAUGUGGAGGAGGUUCAGUCAUAUCCUGAUCAUCCAGACAGAUUUGACAAUGGGUAUCCUCAGCUGCUGUGUGGAGAUUGUCUGACUGGUCGCUGUUACUGGGAGGUCGAGUGGAGAGGGGAGGUUUAUAUAUCAGUGAGUUACGGAACAAUCAGAAGGAAAGGAGACAGUGAAGACUGCGAAAACAGUAAACAUUGUGUGUUUGGAAGGAAUGAUGAGUCCUGGAGUCUGUUCUGCUCUGAUGUUAAGGGUUACUCUGUCUUACACAGUAACAGACAAACAUAUCCCUCCUCCUCUGUCUCUAACAGAGUAGCAGUGUAUGUGGACUAUCCUGCUGGCACUCUGUCCUUCUACAGAGUCUCCUCUGACACUCUGAUCCACCUCCACACCUUCAACAACACAUUCACUGAACCUCUUUAUCCUGCAUUUACAGUCUGGUUUCCUGGUUCCUCAGUGCGUCUGUGCUGAGUUGAGUGUAAAGAGUUUCCUCCUGUUAGAGAAGGACUGACUGUUGAACAGAUAGUUCAGUCUGUUUCUAUCACUCAGAAACACGUUUUCAGAUUCAUGUUGCUGUAAUUGUUGA